AUGGUGAAGGGUUUUAGUCCUUUCCCAGCGCCCAAGAGAGGAGUCAGCCGAAUGGUCCUCAAGAAGCCCUCCGGCAAGAAGACGUCCUCUUGGAACAAGGUUGCCUAUCAACGCCAUUCGCAAGGCGGCGGCUUUCUCCGUGUAGAUCAAACCAAAUGGCGCCGCACAAUCCAGGAGCUUAUCAAAGCCAGUGAUACCAGCAUCAUCAAGAUUCUCAAGAAGGACAAGUUCUUGCCAGAAUGGUCUGGAGCAGUUUGUCCCAAAUGUGAAGCAGGAGUUCUAGGCCCUUUGCAAGCACAUGCUGGUCGCAACGGCCUUUGGCAUCGCUGCAACAAGAAGCACUGCCAGCAGUACGUCUCUCCUAUCCACUUGCAUCCGAUCUUCACUACGACGCCGGGUCCUGAGGGGCACUCUCUGCAAAUGCAGUCAGCAGCACUUCUCCUGCGCCUUUGCUCCGUUCCUCUGAGCAUCAUACAUUUGGUUACUCACAUCAAUCACAAGGCCCUGGAGAAAAUGAGCCGCAACCUCACGCUCCUUCGCAAGUCCCACGUCCUCAAAGUCGAGAAGAGGAUCCUUUUCGGCGGUGCCCCCCGUGCAUGGCGAGAUGUCGAGGUGGAUGAAGCCACCUUCGACAAAAAGACUUUGGAGCCAUACGAACUUUCGGACACGGACCAGAAUGCGGGAAAGAACACACUUUGGGAACAAUGGGGUGGAUUGGUGCAGCGGGGAUGCCCUAAGACGUUGGUUCUCGUGAAGCUCAAUCCAGCGGUCACUGUUUCUCGUGCUCCCGGACCCGGAGCUAUGAGGAAGAUUGAUUGGAAGCCUAUCGCCCACAAGUACUUGAAGAACCGCCGAGUCAUCCUCCAUUCUGAUUCGGCUCGCUCCUACCGCAUGAAAGUCCCGGGAAUGCUCCAUGAUGCUGUCGUUCACCAGAAGAAGCGUGUGAAAAGAGGUGGCAAAUGGAUUUGGAAGAAACCAACCUUUGUCAAGGUGUCCUCGCAUAAGCUUCCUGAUGGACGCACAAUUAAAACAAAAGCCGGUACCCAGAUCAUCGAUCGGGCCUGGCGUUUCAUCAAAGACCGGUUGCGGAGAAACCAACGGGCUAAAGCCGGAUCUUCCUUUCUCGCAGCGCAAGUGCGCAGUGCACAGUGGGAAUACUGGCACCGCAAUGAGGACCUGUGGGCAUGCACAGGUGCACUCCUCGAGGAGUACACCACUGGGUUCGCAAAGCGCCCUGCCCUCUGA